UUAGAAACUGUUGAUGCAUAUUUUCAUUUUUCUUCUUCUUCUUUUUGUCAUCACUGACUACUGUUAAUUCUGCGGUUAUAAAGAAUUAUAUAAGUGAUACAGGGACAUAGGAAAUCAAUCCAAUUCAGUGUCUAUGGAGGUUAACAGUGAUGACGCUUCGAGAGGGGGUAACUGUGAGCCUCAAAACCCCAUUAAUCGAAACCCUAACCCUAACCCUCGCCAGCGCAGUGUAUCCAAAGCAAAAUCUUGUAAGGGAAGCUUGUACUACUCAUCAGUUCGCAAAUCCAAAUCUAAAAACCCCACUUGCGUUGGCAUCUCUGGAGCGAUUCAGCAAUUUCCCUCUAACACUGUGGGAGAAGCAGAGUUGGAAGCUUCGAAGCGGGGCACAACUAUUGAAAAUUUCAAGUAUGUUUGUCUUGGAUACUCCAUCUACUUAGACAGCAAAAAUUCUCCAGCUGACUCGCAGAAUAAAACACCAAAGUUGCCCUUUUGUGUUGGUCUUGAGAUGUUGAUGAACAAGGGGCCUUCAACGUCCCCUGUUAGUGAUGUUCCUGCUCCUUCUCAGAAAAUUGAAGAACAUGAACUUGCUAUGCCCCAACCUCGAAGUUAUAAAGCUCCACAUUUCACAGGGGAAGAAUACUUGAACAGAUUUAAAAGGAAUGCGAUUUUAGUGGCAUCAGGCGUUGCCAGAAACUUGAACAGAGUAGGUAACUACGUAAAAGAGACCCUAGAUGACGUUCUAAAUCCUUACCGUAGGGGACCAAAAUGAAUCUGACGGUUGUGAUUUGUGUAUGUCGAAAAGAAUUUUAAUCUUGGUCAUUGGCCAUUUUCCUUUCUUGGGGCCAAUUUAUUAUUUGAGUUCUGACUGUUUGCUUAUGGAGCAUUUUUUUUUUUUUUUGGUAAUAAGGUUUUUAAGGGGACAGACAAGAGAUUAGCCCAUGUCAUAGGGCUUAGUGCAGGCUUACAGUUGUACUUAAAGCAUUUAUCAUUUACAUAAUAAAAUUGCAUCACCAUCCAAUAUUCUAUGAUU